GGCCGUGAGCCGUAGCAUCUCUGAGGAAGGGAAGCGGGUGUACCCGGAGCCGCGGACCGAGAGCGAGUGCCUGAGCAACAUCCGCGAGUUCCUGCGCGCCUGCGGGGCCUCCCUGCGGCUGGAGACAUUUGAUGCAAAUGAUUUAUAUCAGGGGCAGAAUUUUAACAAGGUCCUCACUUCCUUAGUGACUCUAAAUAAAGUAACAGCAGACAUUGGACUGGGAAGUGAUUCCGUGUGUGCUCGGCCCUCUUCACAUCGGAUAAAGUCUUUUGAUUCCUUGGGAUCCCAGCCUUCACACAGUCGGACUUCAAAAUUGUUCCAGGGCCAGUACCGGAGUUUGGACAUGACUGAUAAUAGCAACAAUCAACUGGUAGUACGAGCCAAGUUUAACUUCCAGCAGACCAAUGAAGAUGAGCUGUCCUUCACGAAGGGUGAUGUCAUCCAUGUCACACGAGUGGAGGAAGGAGGCUGGUGGGAGGGCGCACACAACGGCAGGACCGGCUGGUUCCCCAGCAACUACGUGCGUGAGGUUAAGCCCCGUGAAAAGCCUGUGUCACCCAAAUCAGGAUCAUUGAAGAGCCCUCCCAAAGGGUUUGACACAACUGCCAUCAACAAGAGCUAUUACAAUGUGGUGCUACAGAAUAUCUUAGAAACAGAAAAUGAGUAUUCUAAAGAGCUGCAGACUGUGCUGUCCACCUACCUGCGGCCCCUGCAGACCAGCGAGAAGUUAAGUUCAACAAACACUUCAUAUUUAAUGGGAAACCUAGAGGAGAUAUGUUCUUUCCAACAAACACUUGUACAGUCUUUAGAAGAAUGCACCAACGAGGACCUGGGGGAGUUCAUGGAGACAAAGGGCGCCAGCAGCCCUGGGAUCCUCGUGCUGACCACGGGCCUCAGCAAGCCCUUCAUGCGCCUGGACAAGUACCCCACACUGCUGAAGGAGCUGGAGAGACACAUGGAGGAGUAUCAUCCUGAUAGACAAGAUAUUCAAAAAUCUAUGACUGCCUUCAAAAAUCUUUCAGCCCAGUGUCAAGAAGUACGAAAAAGGAAAGAGCUUGAGCUGCAGAUUCUGACGGAAGCCAUCCGGAGCUGGGAGGGGGAUGACAUUAAGACUCUGGGCAAUGUUGUGUACAUGUCACAGGUCAUGAUUCAGUGUGCAGGAAGCGAGGAAAAGAAUGAAAGAUAUCUUCUGCUCUUCCCCAACCUUUUACUAAUGCUAUCUGCCAGCCCCAGGAUGAGCGGUUUCAUCUAUCAGGGAAAGCUACCAACGACAGGAAUGACAAUCACAAAGCUUGAGGACAGCGAAAACCAUAGAAACGCAUUUGAAAUAUCAGGGAGCAUGAUUGAGCGGAUACUGGUAUCUUGCAACAACCAACAGGACCUCCAUGAAUGGGUGGACCACCUGCAGAAGCAAACGAAGGUCACAGCCAUGGGCAACCCCACCAUCAAGCCCCACUCUGUGCCGUCCCACACCCUCCCCUCCCACCCCAUCCCUCCAUCCAGCAAGCACGCAGACAGUAAGCCCGUGGCGCUGGCGCCCACGUACCACACGCUCCCCCACCCCUCCCACCAUGGCGCCACGCACACCACCAUCAGUUGGGGACCUCUGGAGCCUCCGAAGACCCCCAAGCCAUGGAGCCUGAGCUGCCUGCGGCCUGCGCCUCCCCUCCGGCCCUCGGCUGCCCUCUGCUACAAGGAGGAUCUUAGUAAGAGCCCCAAGACCAUGAAGAAGCUGCUGCCCAAGCGCAAGCCGGAGCGGAAGCCUUCAGAUGAGGAGUUUGCCUUGAGGAAGAGCACAGCUGCCCUAGAAGAAGACGCCCAGAUUCUGAAAGUCAUCGAAGCCUACUGCACAAGCGCCAAAACGCGGCAGACGCUGAAUUCCAGUUCACGCAAAGAAUCUGCUCCGCAAGUACUGCUUCCAGAAGAAGAGAAAAUCAUAGUUGAAGAAACUAAAAGUAACGGUCAGACAGUGAUGGAGGAAAAGAGCCUUGUCGAUACUGUGUAUGCAUUAAAGGAUGAAGUACAAGAGUUACGACAGGAUAACAAAAAGAUGAAGAAGUCUUUGGAAGAGGAGCAGAGGGCCCGCAAAGACCUGGAAAAGCUGGUGCGGAAGGUUCUAAAGAACCUGAAUGACCCUGCUUGGGAUGAGACCAAUCUAUAAGGCUGACUGGUUCUGUGAGCUGAGGACCUGUGACCAGGUGAGCCAGGCGGGGCGACGUCCGGGAUGGAAGAACAUUGUCAUCAUGCGCAGAUAGCAACGAUCACACCGUCACGGAAGAGGCCAGGCUGCGCUCAUCCCCCUCUGCUGACAUCUUGAGUACCUCACUUAGCAAUAAGUUUGGUGACUGACUAAAGUCUGCCUUUCGGACUUUUCAGUUGAGUGUGUAGACACCACACACGCGUACUUCUGUAAAUACUUCAUUCUGAACGUACAUCCAUGACUGUGUCUGGGCUGACCCUCUUGCUAGAACUUCUCACCAACCCCCGGCUCCAGGAGGUGCACUUGGGCCCCAUUGCAGGCAGAGGGGUGGAAGGUGCCUCUGGCAGGCCUGGGUCCUGAGCCAGCUGGUCCCCAGGGUACCGUGUUGGCAUGUUCCCUGCCGGCGCACUAUGCCAGCUUGACCUGGUGUCAUUGGUCUUCUCUUGCAGCAGUAUUCUGCCCAGAAGCCUGUGAUGUGCCAGAGGGACACGGGCCCAGUGGGACCUGGCCCCAAAUUCCGGGCCGAGGACACCAUCAGGCAUAUCUGGAAGCUGACUCCUGCCGCCUCAUGCAGGACUCCUCUCAGUGCAGGGGGCAUGGCCCAGGCUGUCCCACACAGGCUCCUGUAGAAACCUGUUAAUAGUCUACCAUUACAUCCUCCCCAGAGAGAAAACUAGAAUCUGUACAUAAAUGUUAUUUAUUAUUCAUGCCACAGCCAGUCAGAACCACCCAAGGCAGCGCUAUGAGCAGUGGGCGGGUUUUCACUUUAGCCCACUUUCACCCUGAGAACUGUUUUGUCAUGGAUGUGGCCAGCAUUGUCUCAUGACCACUGAAAACCCACUUCUCCCUCAUUCGGCAAGAAUAAAGCAAUACUAAGUGCAGCUGAGUAGGUCCACCGGUGGGGAGACAGUCAGGAGCCCUCACCUCACCCCGCUUCCUUGCCUCCCUGGGCCUGGGGGCUCCAGACAACCAGCAGCCUGGGCAGGAGAGCCUGGUUCAGCUGUAGCAAUAAGUUAUGGCGGCGCAGCAACUUGCCAUCGGCGCUCUUCCUCCAGGGAGGUCGGGCCUGAAGUAAGAGCCACUUUUUUGCAGGAAAAUAAUAUCUCUUUCCCAGAUACACAGCACUUCCGAGUUGCUUGACCCCGA